AUGUUCAAGUACGUGGUAAUCGUUGCGGCCCUCGCCGCGUUUGCACGCGCCGCGCCAGCCAGCCAGGAGUCGGCCGGGCAGCCGUCGAUUCUCGAGGAGGCCCUCGACGUGUACGCCUCGUGUUCCGGCGAGGCGGACCUCUCCGUGUGCCUGAAACUGAAGGCGCUCAGCUUCGUCGACAGGGCGGCCAGGUCCGCGGACAUCGACGUCGUCGACGGGUUCAAGAUCGUGCAGACCGAGGAGGCGAAGAACAGCCGCGCGGACAACGCCAGAUCCUUGAACGACAUCGAAAGUAGCCUGCCAACGGAGAUCGAGGCGAGGGAAGCUGCCAUCAAUGACGCCCUCCUCGACAGGACCGCUAAAUUCCUCUCCACUCACACCGUGGAGCUCAGCAUUCCUGAGGAAGUCUCUCGGUCCUUCGAUGAAGCUCGCGGCAAGAAGAAGAAGAUCGUGAAGUCCCUGCUGCCGAUCCUGCUGCUCCUGAAACUGAAGGCGGCCGCGUUGAUCCCGAUCGCUCUGGGCGCGCUGGCGCUCCUCGCGCUGAAGGCCCUCGCGAUCGGCAAGAUCGCGUUGAUCAUCAGCGCGAUCAUCGGUCUGCAGAAGCUGUUCGCGAACAAACACCAAAGCUACGAGGUGGUGGCCCACCCCGUCCACUCGUACGGACACGAGGAGCACCACGACCACCACGGCUGGGCAAGAUCGGCUGGCUCCGAUCUCGCGUACAAAGCGUACAAGCCUGCCGAAUAG